AUGGAAACACGUCGCAGACGACGGGAAGGAGAUCCUGUGCGACGACGCACUUCGCCGCCGCGUCGCGUUCGGGGCCGACCGCACCACCAGAAGAUUCACCGCGAGGAAGCAACUCCAGUAACUCCUCCAGCUCCGCCCCCGCCUCCUCUGUCUCCAACACCUCCGCUGCCUUCUCCACCGACAUCACCAGAACAAAGAAGGUCACCAGAGCAGUCACCUGUGGUUUCAGGAGGAGAGACGCAAGCACCUCAAGCUCCGAUCUCCAGCCAAGAUUGGACACGCUUGAUCAGCAGCAUCGACGAUAUAAGGCAACGGAACGACUAUCUUCAGGAGCAGUUAGAGUACUAUCGUCACGAGCAGCAGGACGAAGGAGAGCGCGAGGCAGAGGCUGUGGCUGAAUUCGAGCCAUUUUCAGCAGCGAUAAGGGAAGUGGUCAUCCAGAUAAUAUGA